AUGGCCGAAUCCACAACAUCCUGGCAAGAGAAAGCGGCACGCAAGAGAGCAGCCGAGCUCUCUAAGAUUCCCCCAGAAUGGCGUUUGGCACCUGAAUAUAUCACCGGUGAUGAGACCUCCUCAAUCAGUGUCCUCGAUGUGCCGGCCAGAUGUGGGAUCUUGACUCAAGCUGAGUUGUCCAUCACAGACCUCAACGCCAGUUCUCUGGCCAAGGCAGUCCAGUCAAAGACGUUGACAGCUGCAGCAGUGGCCACUGCUUUCUGCAAGCGCGCGGCAAUCGCACAGCAGCUCACGCAAUGCCUGACCGAGACUUUCUUUGACGAUGCGAUCAGGAGAGGUCAGGAACUUGAUGCCUACCUAGCAGAGCAUGGCAAGCCCGUGGGUCCACUUCACGGGGUACCGGUAUCGAUCAAGGAUUCUUUCAAGUACCGUGGCGUCCAGUCUACGCUUGGUUUCGUAUCGUUCUUGGACAAUCCGCCCGAUGAUGAGAAUUCCGCUUUGGUUGACACAUUGCUCGAUCUUGGUGCUAUACUAUACUGCAAAACAAAUAUCCCCCAGACCCUCAUGACAGGUGAUAGUCACAACAAUGUAUUUGGCAGAGUAAUGAAUCCGCACAAGCUCAAUCUUGGAGCUGGUGGAUCAAGCGGAGGUGAAGGCGCACUCGUAGCCCUCAAGGGCUCGCCAGUGGGCAUUGGCACAGAUAUUGGAGGCAGCAUUCGUAUCCCGGCUCUAUGCAAUGGAACAUACGGCUUCAAGCCCACUCCAAACCGCGUUCCGUACGGCAACCAAACAUCGUGCUCAGCCAGCGGCUCACCAGGGUUUCCCGCCUGCGCAGGCCCACUCACCAACUCCCUUGAAGACACAGCAAUGAUGAUGGGGGCAAUCCUCGCUCAAGAGACAGCUGUUUGGGACCGAGACGGCUCGGCAAUGUGCUAUCCCUGGCGAGCAGCCGUUGCGGACCACAGUCCAGCCAGAAAGCUCCGCAUUGGUUAUUACGUCGAAGAUCCAUCCUUUCCCACUCACCCACCUGUCCGGAGAGCUCUGGAUGAGUCAGCCAAAGCUCUUGCGGCGGCUGGGCACGAAAUCAUUGUGCUCAAAGACACCCCCUCCGUCAAGACGGCGGCCGACCUGGCAGCGUCAUACUGGUCCAUGGACAACAGCAAGGUCUGGUUGAAAAACAUCGAAAGUAGCGGCGAGCCUAUCAUUCCAUCGUUACAAAAGACUCUUCAUCUCGUCCUAAAGAAACCAGAAGGCUAUACACUCGAAGAACUCUUCGAGGUGAAUACUCUGGUAGCGGCAUACAGACCUCUUUGGAACGAUAUCUGGGUACAGAACAAGUUGGAUAUCAUCAUGGCCCCGUCAGCUCAGACGACUGCUCUGCCACAUGAUUGUUUUGGCGUGGUGCACUAUACCAUGGUGUGGAACUUGUUGCAGUGGCCUGGCCUCAUCGUACCACUAGGCAAGGCGGAUAAGGAGAUUGAUCGAGAAGAGUUGGCGAAGCCUGAUCCGGAGAAUCGCAGUGAAGAUGUGCAUGGCGCGCCAACAUCGAUCCAGCUCGUGACGAGGGCCAUGCAAGACGAAGAGCUGAUCAGCUAUGCCAGGGUGAUUGAUAAAGUCCUGCACGCGGCGAAGUAG